UCUCCUUCCCUCCCUCCUUCCCUCCUGCGGCGCAUCCUCUCUCCGUCCCUCGCCUCUCCCUCACACUCGCCGCCUGCGGGGCUGCCGUCGGGGGUGGCUCCAGCAGACCCGGCCUGCUCUCCCCCGCCUCGGGAUGUGCUGAGGAAGGGGCAGCUCCCCUCGGGCCCCUCCGCGCCUCGCCCUCCGCCUCCCCGGCACCCCCUCCCCACCGCCCCACGCCUCCUCGGAACGGGUCGGUCGCCGGUGGCGGAGGAGCACGGCGAGCUCUGUGAAGAAACUCUUCAGCCAUGGAUGUGUUCAUGAAAGGACUUUCCAAGGCAAAGGAGGGAGUCGUAGCAGCAGCAGAAAAAACCAAGCAGGGUGUGGCAGAGGCGGCAGGAAAGACGAAAGAGGGCGUCCUCUAUGUGGGUUCCAGGACCAAGGAAGGAGUUGUUCAUGGUGUCACAACAGUGGCCGAGAAGACCAAAGAGCAAGUGUCUAAUGUUGGGGGAGCUGUGGUGACAGGGGUGACGGCGGUGGCCCAGAAGACAGUGGAAGGAGCAGGGAACAUUGCUGCAGCCACUGGCUUGGUGAAGAAGGAUCAGUUGGCCAAACAGAAUGAAGAAGGUUUCCUGCAGGAGGGAAUGGUGAAUAAUACAGAUGUUCCUAUGGAUCCUGAGAAUGAGGCUUACGAAAUGCCUCCAGAGGAAGAGUAUCAAGACUAUGAACCUGAAGCAUGAGAGUCCUUUCCUUCCUUUAUAUCUCCUGAAAUCUACUAACUACUAAAGACGUCCCAUCCUGUACAAGUGCUGAGUUCCAAUGUGCCCAGUCGUAAAAUUUUUUUACAGUUUUUACGGUGUAUUUUGAAGUCUUCCAUCAGCAAUGAUUGGAGUAUCUGUGACUGCAUCCACCUUGUUUCAGCAUUUCCCUCCUGCUGAAAUGAAAGCUGGUUGGCAGGAUCAUUGUUGUGCUGUGGAUAUUGUGGCUUCAAGUUUAAAAGUUAAAAAAGAAAAUAUUAAAUAAAAACACCUAAGUGUCUACUGCUUA